CGGAGCUGUGGUUUUGAGCAUAGCAUAGCAGAAACUAGAAAGCAGAGCAUGGGAAGUCUAGACUGUUUAUCCCUAUCCUUGAGCACUACCACCUCUAGCAGGUGCAGCAACCUUACCGUUUUGGCUAAACUAUCUGAGAACCCAACUCAAACACCUGAUUCUCAUACUCCAAAAAAGCCCAUUCCUGCUGGUAUUGGUGGGGUGCGGUGGAGGAGUAAUGGAGCUGUAAAGACACCGAAGCAGAAGCAACCAUCCAUUGCGGAGGUUGAAAAGGCUAUUGGCGCUGGAAUCUUCCGUGACGGAGACUCCACAAGGGACUCAGGUGAAAACUCCACGAUAUUCGACAUGUUUUUGUCGACCACAACCAGCCGACCUGAAGGCUCUGUGGAGAAGAAGCUUCGAGAGACAGGGGAGUGGCUCAUUGACACCUCUAAAGGCACUUCUGGUUCAGCUGGGCAGGAUAUUCUGUUCGUAGUAUCUCUAUGGAUUCUACCUGUGUGGAUGUUUUUGUUGUUAGUUGCAUCCGGGGUCAUAAAUCUACCUUCCAGUAUCCCCUUUCUGGAUGACUUAAUCAUGUGAAGGAAACAACUUAGCCUGAUAAAAACUGUGAUUUUGUCUCAUCUGAGUUUCUAAGGUACACAAAUUUGUAAAUACAUUAAAGCUUGUUCUACCACUAUUACAUAAUUUAGAAUAUGAUAACAAAUGCAGAAGCAGCCAUCUCA